UGCAUGCGUCCGCUCCUGUUGCUGUAAUAAUGAGAGAAAAAUGCUGCAAUCUUUGUAAUUCUGGGUGUCAGGCACCUCUAUCUGCCUGAGUAGCACAGUGCAUGCAAUGAGCAAGAGAGCGAGCUGGUUCAACUUUCUCUCUGAGAAAUUCAGCAGGCACAGAACCUGUUACUUGACUUAUCCUUUCCAGCCCCCCCCCUCCACAUUUUCCUCCUUAGCUCUACAACUGAGUCAUUCUGUUGCCUAUGGCUCCUGGGUAUGCACGGUUUGUGAAGUGCUGCAAUAUUCCUCAGCUAACCGGUCAAUGUUAUUUUCUGCUAAUGCAGACUCCGCUUAGCGUCUCUCUGUAGCUAUAUGCUUAAAACCAUCAAUGCAGCCUGAACUAUGUAUUUAUACGAAGAGUGAAAUCUUAAUAGCAGCAUUCACAUGAGACUCCUGUUUGGUUUCUUGUAGGCCUCCGCUGCAGAUAUGGAGAAAAUAAGGCAUCCCUAGUGAAGAAUUAUACUUGCAUACGCGCAGUAGAGUAAAUUCAGAAAGCCCAAUCUGGCACAAGCCAAAUCUGAAGCUGCGGAUGUCUGGGAGGGUACGAAAUUCCUGGGUGCCAACCUGUCUAUGGCAACCUAAAAUUCUCCAAGGCAGUCACGCAAAAUCUUCUUCUAACCUCUGGGACAGCAGCUUGCAAGACCAGAAGGAAGAACUGCAGAAGAGACUGUCUUAUACAACUCAAAAACUGGAAAUGCUUGAAUCGGAAUUUGAUUCCACACGGCAGUUCCUUGAAACUGAACUGAGGAGGGCACAGGAAGAACUGGAGAAAGUGACGGAAAAGCUGAGAAGAAUACAAACCAAUUACGUGUCUUUACAAAGGAUAAAUCAGGAGCUGGAAGAGAAAUUACAUAGAAUGGGUCAACAUUACGAAGAAGAGAAAAGAGCACUGGGCCAUGAAGUCAUUGCACUUAACAACCAUUUACUGGAAGCCAAGGUGACAAUUGAUAAAUUAUCAGAAGACAAUGAGCUAUACAGAAAAGACUGCAAUUUAGCCUCACAGCUGCUGCAGUGUAGUAAAAGCUACUUCCGAGCUCAUAAAUUAUCAGAGUUGCCCGCUGACUUCCAGGAAAGAGUAAGUCAACAUUUGGAAAAGCAUGGAUGUAGCCUUUCUGUGCCACUUUCUAACACAACAUAUGCUGACAGCAUUCCUACUUGUGUCAUUGCUAAGGUUUUGGAAAAACCAGACCCAGGCAGCGUUUCUUCACAUCCAUCAAGUGCUUCAAUGAGAGAUCUUAACUAUGAACAAGGAGGUCAGGUGCCUGAUGAGAAACUUCGCCAAAGGCAACAGUUCAAGUCAGAAAUUUACUGCAGUGACACAGCUCUAUAUUGCCCAGAAGAAAGAAGAAGAGACAGGCGGCAAAGUUUUGAUGUACAGGUUAAAGAUGAGGUGUUUCUAAGGUCUCAAAACUCUACAGACAGCACUGUUGAGGACGGAUUCCACUCAAGUUUUUCACAUGAAGCCUUCAAUGAAUAUGUAGCAUCUCUACCAACCUCUAGUUCCUACUCGAGUUUCAGUGCUACUUCAGAAGAGAAGGAGAACAACCAAACCAACACUUUAACUGCCUCACAGCAGGCAAUAUAUAUGGGUAACAGGGAAGACCUGUUUGAAAGAAAAUCAACAACAGGUUAUGAGCAUGCAGCAAGUCCAAGAUUUGUGAAAUCAAAGUCUGUCCAGCACAUGGAACACAGCCCAGAAAACACUGCAUCAUCUAAUUUCACAAGAUCUUCUUCCUACGUAGAGGAGCCAUUUAAUUUCUCUAGAAUACGUACACAACAAACAUUAAGUGCUCAUAAGUCACACAGUGAAUGUAGGAGCUCUCACCUUUCAGAAGAAGAUCUGCCAACCCGCUGGAGACAGCUGAGUGUGGAAGAUAUUGGGGCAUACUCAUACAGCAAUGCUGGAAGAAUUUCGCCAUGUAGUUUUACUGAACAAUACUUUGUACACAGUCCUGUUAAGCAGCUGGAAAGCAGAAUGAGUCCACUGUAUGCAAGCUACAAACAGGACAGCUUUUCAGAGGGAGAAGAAGUUUGUCAAACUAGAAUGGGCGAUUCCUGUUUUUUGAGAACAGACUCUGGCUUAAAAAUUGAUAUCAGUGCCAGCUGCAAACAAGAAAUGUUAUCUACUUUUAAAUCAAAGGAAACGAGAGACCAAAAAGUUGAGAGGAUGUCAGUCCAAAUGAGUAAUAAAAGUAUAGACUCUAGUUCUUCAGCUAAGAGGGAAUAUGUAGAUGUCAGUCCAAAUAGUUCAGCAGAAUCCCUAACUCAAAGCCCUAUGGAGGCUUCCGAAAUGCACCAGUCUUCCAUUGAGCAAGGACAUUCAAGUUUCCAUGGAAAGCCCCAGCAAUUUCAAAGAACUGGAAGCAUUGGCUUAACUAGAAAAGACAGUCUUACAAAAGCACAGUUAUAUGGGACCCUUCUGAAUUAAUGAGCUUCCAAACUGCAAUAAAACAUAACAUGAUCAAGUUUUACUGACACAAAGUCGAAAGACCAGAUGAGUUCUGACUGGGUUGGCUUACCAGCAUUAUCAAGCUGGCUAUUUGUAUAACUUUGUACAUUAAGUACCUUAAAGCAUUUGGGUAAACAAUUUAAUUUAUGGCUAUAUAAAAUCAAAAUAAAUCCACUAACAUAUAGGAGGUAGAAUUUGUGUACAAACAAAUGGUAUAAAAUAAUGAAGGGUUAUAAAAAAAAAAUCUAACCAAAGCUGAUUGAGCCAUUUAUUACAUAAUAACAUACAGUCGAACCAUGAUUUUACAUUCUGUGGAGGGGUGUAAAUCAUGGCAAAUUGUGAAAUGCAGAAGACAAAAUCGAGGUUUGACUGUAUUAAUAUAAAUCCCAGGAAUCUGCAAAUUAUGCACAAGCAUAAUGAAUGCAAUGAUACUGUCUUGAGCAGGAAAACUAAGCUAAUGUGAAAAACAUCCCAUGACACAGUAUGGCCCAAUUGGAUAUUUUACAUUUUAUGAACAUAUUCCAGAUUAGUCUCAGUGCGGUUAUAUUUAAAUAGGAUUAAUCUGGUGCUGCUUUGAACCAAAGCAAAACGCAUCUUUUAAUAUAUGUUUCCAAUAUAAUUGAACUAAAUCUUCCAUGGGUUGUAUACCCAGAUAUUUUGAGCACUUUUUCAUAAAUCAGAACAUUGUCCUUAUAUACUUUUAACAAGCCUUUAGAGCUUUCUCAGUUGCAAAGCAGUCUUUGCAAACAAAAAGGUAAUUGGUAGGUGUAAACAGAAUCAAUCAUUUUUGGAUUUCAUUUAUACCAAGUCCUCCAUGAAAGAUUAGGAAGACUAGAACAAUUCCACCUAAAAUAUAGGAGAUUUGUUCUAGACUGGCUGACACGCAGGGGCAGAUUUAUCAAGGGUCGAAUUUCAAAGUGUAAAAUACUGCGAAAUUCGACCAUCGAAUUGCAUCCUAC